AUGGAGCGUGAGCGAAAUGCGCAAAAGACCAACUUGCCCAAGCAGUUGGCCAGUGCUGGUAAAGACUUCUCGCAGUUCGCGUUUUUGUCGGCGUUGGCAAGUCGCGAAGAGAUGGUGCGCAACGGGAAAUUGACGUCGAUCAUCUUCAUCCGCGAUCAUAACUCCAAGGGCCAAGAGGUCAGCGGCUACAUCGACUACGCCCUUCGGCUCAAGUCGGAAGCGUUCGAGCCGUACUUUGAGCGAAAGAAGCGGUUGUUGCCGAAACCUUCCGACUUGAGCUACUACAAUUGGGAAACGCAAACGUGUACGUCCAACUCGAGUCCAAACUUUCAGGUCAUUGCUGACAGCGAGACGGGACUCCUCUUCAAGAACAAGAGAGACCGGAAAGUGAUUAAUGUUGACCCCAAAGCCAACCCCGGCGACAACUCGACGCGCACCGAAAUCAAGACGAACGAAUACAUGCAAGUGGUCAUUUACGACCACAUGACACGCCGCAAGAAUUAG